GCGGCCCGGGCCCCGGCCACCGGAUGCCCUACCGGACACAACCCUCCCAGGGGCUUGGACAACUGCCCACCUCGGACACUGCACCGGACACUGCCCCCCACAGGACUGGACACUACAACGGACACUACUUCCCAGCUCCGGACAUUGCUCCCACCUCCCCCCCACCCCGGUCCUGGACGCUCUUCCCCCUCCCCCUCUGUGGACCAGGCACCGAGCCCCCCCACCCCCCUCCCCGCAAGCUCCAGCUAGCGUCCCCUGGAACCCCAGAGCUGGACACGGCUCUCCCUGUUGCUCUCGCCUUCCCUCUCAUCUCCUGUCCUCCCGACCCCCACCCCGCUGGGUCGGAGCCCCGACAGUUUCCCAGAUCCCCUGCUGCCUGCCCGCGGCCGCCCGCGCCCCCAUCCCCAGCCGCUGGCCCGCCCGGAUGCCUCUCCCCGGGGGACUGUGGUGGCUCCUGUGCUGCCGCCGAGGCUUCACCCUUCUGCACCGGGACUACGGGGACGGCGAGCUUAGCGGGGACGGGGACGAGGACGAGGACGAGGAGACUUUUGAGCUGCGGACUCCGAAUCUGGCGGGCGGCGGGAGGGGCCCCCUGGACGUGACGCUGACUCAGCCGGUGAGAACCGGGCCCGUCUCCGACAGGCUGCAGAGUUCAGAUGAGACGCGGAGCCUCAUUCCGGAGAAGGGACCGCCCGAGGACGACCCGGACGUCGUCGUGAAAGGCUGGCUGUACCGCGAGCCCCGCAGAGGAGGGGCGCGGCCCUGGCUGCCCCCGCGCCGGGCCUGGUUCGUGCUCACGCGGGACUCCCUGGACCAGUACAGCAGCAGCGGGGAUGGGGCGCGGCGCCUCGGGAGCCUGGUGCUCACCAGUUUGUGCGCCGUGACCGGCCCGGAGCGCAGGCCCAAAGAGACUGGUCUAUGGUCAGUGACCGUGUCUGGCCGCAAACACAGUGUGCGGCUCUGCUCACCACGCCAGACAGAAGCUGAACGCUGGGGGGUGGCCCUUCGAGAAGUGAUUGCAGCCAAGGCCCCCCUGGAGACCCCCACCCAGCUACUGCUCAGGGACAUUCAGGAGAGCUGUCAGGACCCGGAGGCUGUGGCCCUCAUUUACCACCGCAACCCUAUCCUGAGGCACACGAGUGGGGCCUUGUAUGCCCCACUCCUGCCCCUGCCCUAUGGAGCGAAUGCCCCAGGUCCGGGCUAUGCGCCCUUGAGGGAGGAGGCGGUUCGGCUGUUCUUGGCGCUGCAGGCCCUGGAGGGGGCGCGGAGCCCUGGGCCCCUGAUGCAAGGUGUGCUCCAGACCUGUCAGGACCUGCCAGCGCUGCGGGAUGAGCUCUUCUUACAGCUGGCUAAGCAGACCUCGGGCCCCACGGGCCCUCCCGGGCCCCCUGCGACCCAUGACCCUGCUACCCUGCGGUACUGGCAGCUCCUCACCUGCAUGAGCUGCACCUUCCGGCCUGGGGGAACAGUGCGCGGGCACCUCCUGGGGCAUCUGGAGAGAACCGAGCAGGCCCUCCCAGAUUCUGAGCUGGCUGAAUAUGCGCGCUUCAUCAGAAGAGCGCUGGGCCGGACACGCGGCCGCGAGCUGGUGCCGUCGUUGGCGGAGAUUUCCGCGCUGAGCCGGCGGCAGGAGCUGCUGUGCACCGUGCACUGUCCCGGGGCUGGUGCCUGCCCAGUGGCCAUCGAUUCGCACACCACUGCCGGGGAGGUGGCCCGAGAGCUAGUCGGGCGAUUGGGCUUGGCCCGGAGCCGCAACUCUUUCGCGCUGUAUGAACAGCAUGGGGCGCAGGAGCGAGCCCUGGCUGGGGGGACCCUCGUGGCCGACGUGCUCACCAGGUUUGAGAAUUUGGCCGCUGGGGAAGAAGCCGGUCUGGUGGACCUGCCAGACUCGGGCUGGAGACUGUGUCUGCGUCUUCACGGACCUCUGCACCCCGAGGGGCUGUCCCCAGACGGUCACGAACUGCCGUUCCUCUUCGAGCAGGUGAAAGGAGAACAGCGCUCCAUUGGGUUUUUGGCGGCUCACGUUUGCGAGCGAGCCGAUCCGAGGCGCCUCGGGGUGGACCCGAGUCUCAAGCCUUUCCGCCCUCGCCUUUUAUACCACCCGGACACGCCCUCCCUCCUAGGCGCCCCUGUAGCCGGACCUCAGAUCCCAGGUGGCGGCCCCGGCACCGCGACGGCCCUGCUGGGCGGCUGGAAGCGGCUUCGGGGAAUGGGCCGAGCGGAGGCCAUGGCUGCCUACCUGGCUCUGGCAGCGCAGUGUCCGGGGUUCGGCGCUGCUCGGUAUGACGUUCUGGAGCUGAGCACGGAGCCUGGUGGAGGCCCUCCACAGAAGUUAUGCCUGGGCCUGGGCGCCAAGUCCAUGUCCCUCUCCCGCCCAGGAGAGACAGAGCCCAUCCACAGUGUCAGCUAUGGCCAUGUGGCCGCCUGCCAGCUAACCGGACCCCAUACCAUGGUGUUGAGGGUGGGAGAGAGCCAGCUUGUCCUGCAGAGUCCCCAGGUGGAAGAGAUCAUGCAGCUGGUGAAUGCCUACUUGGCCAGCCCCUCCCCUGAGAGGCCCCACAGCAGCCCUUCACCAUGCCAAGACCAGCCAGACAUCUCCCCUCCCAGCCAGCACCCGGGCCUGGACGAGCCCCAGCGACAGUCUGGCUGUUUGGGGCAGCUGCAGGACUGAGCCUGCCAAGAGGUCAUGACCUCCCUCCUGCUCCCAGCCUGGGCCUGGACUGUUCUGAGAUCUGAGGACGCUGUGGACCCUUUUGGCCCUGCAGGGACAGAGUAUACCCUCAACCCAGGGGCUGCGAUUUUCUAGGUUGUUUCUUAAUUUAUUUGUAGAAGAGAAGCAAAAAAAAAAAAAAUCCUUAUUUACACAAAGUCUUCUGAUGA